UUCCCCGUCGCUCUCUCUCCGCGAAGAGAGAGAGAGAGAGAGAGAGAGAGAGAGAUGGGUUGCUGCGGCGGGAAUCGCUUCUCGUGGUCGCUCCUCCUCCUCAGCUUCGCCGUGGCCCUCGUCACCUACAACCUCCUCCUCGCCUCCUCCCACGCCCCUCUCGCCUCCGACCACCGCCUCCUCCUCCCCACCACCACCGCCGCCGCUUUCACCCAGCCCCGCCACCGCCCCUUCCUCUCCUCCGGCGACGGCGGCGGGGCGGAGGAGGGGCGGCCGAGGCGGCGGAGGGCGUUCCACACGGCGGUGACGGCGUCGGAUUCGGUGUACACCGCGUGGCAGUGUAGGGUUAUGUACUACUGGUUCAAGAAGGCGAAGGGGAGAGGCGGGGGCGAUGGGGAGAUGGGGGGGUUCACGCGGAUCCUGCACUCGGGAAGGCCCGAUGCAUUCAUGAAUGAGAUCCCCACCUUCGUCGCCGAUCCGCUACCGGAUGGGUUGGAUCAGGGUUACAUUGUCCUUAAUAGGCCUUGGGCAUUUGUUCAGUGGCUUCAGAAGGCAAAUAUACAAGAAGACUAUAUCUUAAUGGCAGAGCCUGACCAUAUAAUUGUCAAGCCUAUACCAAACUUAUCAAAAGAUGGUCUUGCAGCUGCUUUCCCAUUCUUUUAUAUUGAACCCAAAAAGUAUGAACCCGUUUUGCGUAAAUUCUUUCAUGAAGACAAGGGGCCAAUUACUAACAUCGAUCCUAUAGGAAAUUCUCCUGUCAUCAUUGACAAGGAAUCUCUUAUGAAGAUUGCACCUACAUGGAUGAAUGUUUCUUUGGCAAUGAAAAAGGACCCUGCAACAGAUAAAGCAUUUGGCUGGGUGCUUGAGAUGUAUGCAUAUGCUGUUGCAUCUGCUCUCCAUGGAGUUGGCAAUAUUUUACGCAAAGAUCUCAUGAUUCAGCCUCCUUGGGAUUUGGAAGUUGGGGAGAAAUUCAUUAUUCAUUAUACUUACGGAUGUGAUUAUGACAUGAAGGGAAAGCUAACUUACGGGAAAAUUGGAGAAUGGAGAUUUGAUAAAAGAUCAUAUGAGGGCAAGCCACCUCCCCGUAACCUGCCGCUACCUCCGGAUGGUGUCCCUCAAAGUGUGGUGACUCUCGUCAAGAUGGUCAACGAAGCGACGGCGAACAUUCCUAAUUGGGAUGCUUUCACGGGGUGAUUCCAAAUAUUACAGGAAUGUCUUAAUAGCUUCUGCUCUUGGGGAUAAGAAGCUCUGCAUAUAAUGAUAUCUCAAAGAAGGAUAAAACAUAUACAAAUCCUGCUGACACGGCGAACGUGGAAGUGGUAUGGAUGCGUCCCUAAUAUUCUCCCAGGAAAGGUCUGACGCUGGGCUAAUUAUUCUCGCCUUUUUUACUUGAAUUUUCCUUAUUGAAUCUUUGGUAUAGUAGAUUACGACAUCAGUAGCAACAUAAGCUUGCGAAGAUGGAAUAAACUGCAUUCUCGUUAACCAUCUUGGAACUCCUUUCUCAGGUUAUAAUAUAUACAGAGUAAAUGUGUGUUGCCUUUGUACUUGUUAGCCAUAAAGUUAGUCAUUUGAAGUGACAAAUAAAAGCAAUUUACGGGCUUAAUUUUCGCCGAA